CGCGCCUGCCCGCCCAGGCUCCUUCCCGGACGGCGCUGGAGAUCCUGGUGGUGGAGGCCCAUGGGGCCCGUGGCGCUGCCUGCCUGGCUGCAGCCCAGGUAUAGAAAGACUGCCUAUCUUUUCAUCUAUUAUUUAAUCCAGUUCUGUGGCCACUCAUGGAUACUUACAAAUAUGACAGUCAGAUUCUUUUCAUUUGGAAAAGAUUCAAUGGUUGACACUUUUUAUGCUAUUGGACUUGUCAUGCGACUUUGCCAAUCCAUUUCUCUCCUGGAGUUGCUGCACAUAUAUGUUGGCAUUGAAUCAAACCAUCUUUUUCCAAGGUUUUUGCAGCUCACAGAGAGAAUAGUCAUUCUUUUUGUGGUGAUCACCAGUCAAGAGGAAAUCCAGGAGAAAUAUGUGGUGUGUGUUUUAUUCAUCUUUUGGAAUCUGUUGGAUAUGGCUAGGUACACUUAUAGCAUGUUAUCGGUCAUAGGAACAUACUAUUCCAUCUUGACAUGGCUCAGUCAAACACUGUGGAUGCCCAUCUAUCCCCUGUGUGUUCUUGCUGAAGCAUUUGCCAUCUAUCAGUCGCUGCCUUAUUUUGAAUCGUUUGGCACUUACUCCACCAAGCUGCCUUUUGACUUCUCCAUCUAUUUCCCAUAUGUGCUAAGGCUGUAUCUCAUGAUGCUCUUUAUAGGCAUGUAUUUUACCUACAGUCAUCUUUACUCAGAAAGAAGAGACGUCCUCAGAGUCUUUUCCAUUAAGAAGAAGAAAAUAUGAAGUACAGCAUUCCAGUGUGACCUGAGAAAAGACAGGCUCAUGGACUUGGCUGCAGCAACUACUACACAGGAAGUAUUCUAGUGGAAAAUACCCAGUACUUGACAAAAACCCAUGACAUAACAUAAUCACACCCCCCCAACUCUACACACAACAGCAGUCUGUUUAUCACUCACUGUAUUUCCAAAAUGUGUACUCUGCAUACCCUGUUUCCCCCAAACUGUGGUUUUUAUACAAGUUACAUUUAUAUUGGGUGAAGUCUGAUUGUUUCACUGUAAGGUUAAUGAGAAAAAGGAAAUUAAUGGAAUUAAGUUCAGUUAAAUUGAGAAACCAGACUUGGUAACCUAAAUUACAUGUAUUCCUUCUCACUUCUGAUUGCCAAAUAGCAGCAGAUCUGUAGGAGGAAAGCACUAUAAAAUACACUCUGUCCUCAUCUAGAAUAAUGUACUUCAUGGACAAAUGUCUUUGUCCCCAAAUGUCAGUACCCACCAUAAAUACUAGCUACACAUAGAAAAUUAAACAUCUUUCCAAGGCCUAUGUUAGCCUUCUCAGGCUGCGAUAACAAAAGCCUCAAUCUGGGUGGCUUAAAUAAAUGUUAUUUUCAUGGUUCUGGAGUUUUAGAAGUCCAAGAUUUCUGUUCCUAGUGAGGACUUCUUGGUUUAUAGACAAAUGCCCUUUUUUUUUUUUUUAAACACAAGACGGACCACUGUCUCACAACUCCUCUUAUAAUAAUAUUAAUCCUAUUUGGGAGGGUUCCACCCUAAUCAAAGAACUGCUUCCCCAAGGCUCCACAUCCAGGUAUUGUUGCAUUGAGGGUUAGGGCCUAAUACAGGAAUUUUAGGGAAACACAGAUUCAGUCUAUAGCAUUUUGCACCUGACUUCACAAAAUUUAUGUCCUUCUUAUAAGUGAAAUACAUUCCUUCUAUCCCAACA